AAAACCUAGCGGCUGUGUUCCUCUCUUCUACUCAACUUCACCAUGGACAAGGGGCUCAAGAAAUGCUCGACAUCCACCGAUGUUGUAUCAGUUCAUCAUGUGCAUAAGGUCACGAAUCCUUAUCAAAAAGCCAACAAGAGAGAGUUGGAUAAUUUGGAAAUCAAAGAAAAACGAAAGAAGCAGAAGAAACACAAUGAGAUAUCUGAGGAGAUGGAGAAAUCUGAAAAGCAGGAAAUUGAAAAAUUGAGGAAAUCUUUGAAAGAGAUGACUGAAACAAUUAAAGAACUACGGCUGAUUAUUCAAACAAGUGCCAAACGAUCUACACCAUUCAGAAACCGUGAUGUGUGCAAUUUCGGAGAUAAAGAUCAUGAGGGAAACAAUAAUCGGACCCUUUUUUGUCGAGGAUUUGAUAUUUCCGUUCCUAGGCAUGAAAUCAAGAGAGCGUUGUGGAAACAUUUCAGUUCAUGUGGAAAGGUCAAAAGGGUUUAUGUUCCCAUAGAGUGUGCUACCGGUGUUGCCUUGGGAUUUGCUCUCAUUGAUAUGGCAAAACAUUCUACUAGGGGCUUAAAACUCGACGGAAGUGUCUUGGGAGGACGGAUCCUCUGUGUUAAGAUAGGCACAUCUACAAUGGAAUUAUACAGCCUUGGGCGCCGCUUCAGAGGCUGUAAACGUUGCUGUCAUCAAAGGCCAUCAUACGAAAGUAUCGUAACCUACUAUGAUAAAAAGCCGUGGUGGUUGGCGCCGCCUAUUGUUGGCACUCGCUUAAGCAAAAUUCGUCGUUUUACAGUUGUUAUUGAUAGGUUUCACAAGAGCCGCAUCGAUUGGCAAUCAAGGCUGUACAAGUGGUGGUAAUUGUUGCUGCGAUGUCUGUGAAAGUUGCAUCUCUACACAAUUCUUAUCAUGGUACCAAAAGAAUUCUGGGCGUAGGUAGCAGCAAGUUUUAUAUAUAUAUAUAUAUAUAUAUUAGAUAUUUUGGAAGACACUGUCAAAACGAGCUUCAUGUUUUAUUUUAUUUUUGGUUUGACGUUAGCUCCUUCUAAAUUUUAUUUCGUCAUUUUUUUUUUUGGUUUAGCUCUUGUUGUAUGAAUGAUAUUUCGGUAAUGCUAGUAGACAUAGCGGAGACUUGAAAAUCCUA